CCUGAGUUGACCCAGAAAACAAACUCCGGUGACUACCGAGGCAGAGCUCGCACACAUUUGCUGGAAUACAUGUAUUUAGAGCGUCUCCGUUGGAACUCAACCAGAGAUCCAAUUGCUGAGGAGAAACUCACACAACUUCUGAAUAAGCACAAUUUCGGGGUGACAAAACAACCAUGGCCGACCACAUGAUGAUGCCCAUGACCCACGGCUCAGCAGGCGGCAGUCUGCACGGCUUCAGGAUGGGAAUGAACGUCCCACAGCAGCAGCACGCAGUCCAGCCCGGCCUUCGCAGUCUGCCCAACGGCCAAGUGAUGCACUAUGGCCGGGCGCCGCAAAGCAACAUGGAGGCGGCCAUGAGACAGCGGCCGGGCCUGGUGGCGGGGAUGAACGGCCAGGUGAACGGGUCUCCGAUGGCUAACCACCACCAUCAGAUGAUGUCUGGCGGGAUGAUGUACAGCCACCAGCAGCCCCCCCAGCCCCAGCAGCAGCAGCAGCACCACAUGCACCCCCAGCAGCAGAACCAGCUCCCCCCCCAGCAGUACCUUCCUGGAGGCCUCACCUCCCAGCAGCUCAUGGCCAGCAUGCACCUGCAGAAACUCAACACCCAGUACCACGGACACCCGCUCGGGCCUGGCAACGGCCACCACCUGCCCAACGGUGCCCAGUACCGGGUGGGGCCGGCCCAGUUGGCGAGCAUGCAGCACAUGGGAGGGCCCUCGCUGGGCCUGAACGGCAUGGACAUGGACCUGAUUGACGAGGAGGUGCUGACCUCGCUGGUGCUGGAGCUGGGGCUGGACAGAGUGCAGGAACUCCCUGAGCUCUUCCUGGGACAAAACGAGUUUGACUUCAUUUCAGACUUUGUGUGCAAACAGCAACCGAGCACCGUGAGCUGUUGAGAGACGUGGCCGAGAGAGGAGUAUCGGUUUGGUUUGGGUCUGUCAGGGCACCCAAAGAAAGACUGGCGAACUUGGACUGACUAGCCAGAGUGGCACAGCAAGAAAGAGACAAUCUCUCUGUUCUGUGUCAGUGUAUCUGUGUCUGCAUAUGUGACCGUGUAAAGUAGGCUUACACGCUGGCCUACCUGUGUGUUAACGAUUGAAUUGUAUUGACGGAUUAAGAUGAGAGAAGCUUUCUUUGCAUCCCACCUGUACUGGUGAGGUCAGUGGUCAGCUGACACUGUGGGUGCUUGGUUUGUCUGUGUCCUCCUGGCAUCUGGCUUGGCACCUGUGCACUGAGUGCCAAGGCUGGGCCAUGAUUGUAAACUAACAAACAGGAUGGCUAAACAGCCACGUAGGACCACGGAAAGACACUCCUGCCAUGCCUGGGACUACCAUAUUCUACAACAUUGAGAAGUUUAUUUAUUUAUCUCACCAUAUAGUAGUGGAUAUCUCACAAAUUGAAUUGAUCAAUUUGAAUGAAAAUGUAUCUGUUAAUGGAGGUUAAGGUCCCAAAACAGGUGACUUAACACAAGGGACGCCUGAAUGAAGUGGGCAAGUUUUUAUUGAAGGCUGGUUCUUCAGUACUGGUACCCAUGGAUUCCUCAAUACUUUGAGAUCUUUAACAUUUCAUUCAAGAGCCUCAGAGAAAAUGGGGGUGAUGGGGUAGGUCAAAUGAUCAGUUAAGAAAUAUGUGUUACACUGUUGAUUUAGACUCAUAUGCCCUCAGAUAAAUAGAUGUUUUCAUCAUUCAGUUAAUUGAAUCCUACUGUACAUUUUCGCUUUAAGCCUCUGUUUUUAGCUACUGAAUGAAUUGUGAUCGAAUACCCAGUAAUAUAGUGUUGCACAAACAUAGUAGCAUGUCUGCUGCAAGGCUAGGUUGAACAAAGCAUUCCUCUUUAGAAUGUCAUGCCCAUGUUGGUUGUUCAAGCACUUCUACAGCCAAAAAUCUUGGAUGCUUGUUGUGAAUAGUGGAAGAUUCCAUUAAUACUAGAUUAAUUGUGAGGUCGUUUGUUUUUUCAUCUAUUGGGGUGGUGGGGUCUGAAGGAUAUGCCAGAAACUACAAAACAGUGGCCUAUUUAAAUGUCUGUGGCACAAAACCCCCAAGAAAAUUGAAAUGAGCGAGAGGAGAAGUGAAUACGGGGCAGUCAGAGACCUAACGUUGGACUCUCAAGAGCAUAAGUGUCAACACAGUCCGGGUAGCAGAAUAAUGUCAGUUUUGGCUGUGUUUGCAGGCUGAAUGUUUGUGUACAGUUCAAGCCAGGCAUUUAAGUCGGCUAGCUACAUUCUCUGACUCUAACAUUAACCAAUGUGCUGACUCUCAGCUUAAGCUGAUUGGCCUCUGCUGGUAGCGGCGUGUUCAAUCAUUCUUUAAGGCCGGCUCUCUCCACCUGUAGCACUGAUUACAACACAGCGCGGUCGGCAGCCAUGCAAGGUGUUUUUUUUUGCCAUAGAUUAGCUUACUCUGCUGGUUUUCCACUGAUUAGAUUCAAAUUACACUUUCACACACUCUUGUCUUAAUUGAGGUCAGCUUGCACCCCUCCACCCCCCAUGACUUAAUAAUUCUAGAACGGACAUGUUCUGUGGGGGUGGAGGGGUCCUCCACACUGAGCGUAAUUAGAUUUUUUUUUUAGGGGCAGAGUUUCUAUUUUGCUGGCCGAGUAGAGUGUGACCACUUCUGUUCUGCUGCUGCUUGUCAUUGCGGUUGUCCUGCUAUUUAUGGGUCUUCUAGAGGGAUCAGACUGUGGGAGGUUAGCUAGCUGGUACAUCCUGUUCAUCUGCUCCACUGCCACACUUCCUUCCUCAAAGACCUGCCCACUACCAGAUCAAUUACCAUUUCCAAAAUACUGUCAAACGCUUGGUGUGAACUUGAUUUCACACCCAGCGCAAUGUAUCAGUUAUGUGUGCCAAUUGUGAGACAACUUUUAAAAUACUAAGUAAUUCCUCCACAUAGUUGACCUGGGUCAGAAACUGCUAUUGCUGAGAUCUUAUCACCACCGAUGGGCUGUAUUUGUGGGAGUGGUAGACAGAACGCCAGCAUCACAGGUCUCCUCCCUCGUCUGUUACUCCUGACUCCUGCCUGAUGUCUAUCACGCUCCAAACUUCACAAAAGUCGUACAUUGAGGUGUUGAGGAAGGGCUCGGGCCUCGAGUGAGAUGGUGGCUUCCAGCUCUCAGAAAUCACAGCCUUCUUGUGUAUCGUAUCUGUAUUGUACUGUAGAAUAGAGGUAAAGUUGACCUAGAUGCAUAUAAGGUACUUUGCAGACGAAAAAAAAAGAAAAAAACAUUGUCGGAUGUAAAUGUUCUAUAUGGCUGAUGUUGAUGUGUUGACAAGAGAUUAUAUCAUACAUUUUUACAAGUGAGUGUGUAGAUAUGAAUAUAUAGUACCAGGGGUUGGGGCGAUGGGGCGACCUGAAGCUUUAAAACCAAGUAGACUGCAUGGGGAAGCCUCCACUGGCCAGAGCCACAGAGAAUGUACAGCUGCUGGCUCGCUGGGAUCCUGUCUUAAGAUGGUAGAUAAACGUGAGAUUGUACUUCUUGUUCCAAAAUUACACAACUUCAUUUGGGUUAUCCCAUUUCCUGCCCUCCCCCACCUCCCCUCCAAAAAGCUUUUGUAAUGUUAUUGAUUCUAUUUUAAGAAAAUGUAUUUAUUUUCAACGACAAUAAAAUAUUUAUUUAAAGAA